AUGGCGGCCGGCGGCUUGCAGCGGCUCGCCGCCGUCCUGGCGGUGCGGGCGGCGCUGGCGGUGUGCCUGACGGCGUGCCUGGCGACGGUGGUGACGUCAUCGUCGGACGACUGGAGCCAGUGCCCGGCGGCCUGCAAGUGCAAGUGGGUGUCCGGCAAGAAGGCGGCCGAGUGCGUGGCGUACGAGCUGUCCGCCGUGCCCAGGGGGCUGUCCCCGGAGCUGCAGAGCGUGGACCUCUCGCAGAACCCCCUGCAGAUGCUGCCGCGGGACGCCUUCCGCGACGUGGGCCUCGUCAACCUCCACAAGCUGUUCCUCCGCGACUGCAGCAUCCGCGACCUCCACCAGGAGGCCUUCAGCGGCCUCGAGAUCCUCAUCGAGCUGGACCUGACGGCCAACCAGAUCCACACGCUGCACCCGUCCACCUUCCGCGACAACGGGCGGCUGCGGCUGCUGUACCUGAACCGCAACCCGAUCACGUCGCUGCCGGACGGGCUGUUCUACAACAUGACGUUCCUGCAGACGGUGGAGCUGUCCGAGUGCCAGCUGACGCACAUCAGCCACCACGCCUUCCAGAACGUGCCCAACCUGGCGCACCUCAAGCUGGACGGCAACCGGCUGCAGCACCUGCAGCUGGGCGCCGUGGACCAGCUGAACCGGCUGGUGGGGCUGGUGCUGCACAACAACCCCUGGAAGUGCGACUGCCACCUGCGCCCGCUGCGCGACUGGACCAUGGAGCGCAAGCUGUACACCAAGCCCACGGCCUGCGCCGAGCCGCACAAGCUGCACCGCAAGCUGUGGUCCGAGCUGGCGCCCGAGGACUUCGCGUGCAGGCCGCAGAUCAUGGCGCCGCCGCCCGGCACCAUCCUGGAGGCCGACACGGAGGAGGUGACGCUGAGCUGCAAGGUGAACGGCAACCCGCCGCCGGAGGUGCAGUGGGUGCACAACUCGCGCGUCAUCGGCAACAACUCCCGCAGCGUGUACGGCGACCAGCGCUUCGUGGUGCUGGAGGGCGCGGCGGAGGCGGCGUCCACCAUGCGCUGGGUCAACCUGACGAUCCGCGGCGUGCGGCCGCAGGACCGCGGCCAGUUCGUGUGCGUGGCGCAGAGCGGCGGCGGCGUCGACGAGCGGAACGUGACCCUCAAGGUGUCGCGCUCCUUCGCCGGCGGCGGCCUCCUGGUGGGCGCGGGCGGCUCCAUGGCCGAGGCCUGGCCCCUCAUCGCCGGCCUCGUGGCGGGCGUCGUGCUGCUGCUGCUCGCCACCGUGCUGCUCUUCUGCUGCGUGCAGCGCCGCCGCAGGGACUUGCAGCGCCGCGACGCCGCCCUCGUCAUCGGCAAGAAGCCGCCACCAGAAGGAAGGUCCCCAAACGGGGAAGUGACUCACCAUGUGAGGGCCGAUGGGUCUGAGCAGCAGAAGUCCCUCCUGACCAUGGUGAACCCCGUGCAGAAGCCGCCCCGCCGCUACGACCACCCGUCCGGUCUGUCCUCGCUGUCCGGCCAGGGCGGCACCGAGCUCAGCGAGCUCAGCGAGCUCAACAGGAACCUGCUCGACGACGGAUCCAUUUACGCUGGCCAUGUCGACGAAGAGGGUCGAUCCCUGGACUCAGUCGGAGGUCUCACUCCUCAGCGCAGUGGAUCUGAAGUGGAGGCGGAAACAGCCACAACAGCGAGAUUCCCUCGACCCUCGGCUGUCCCAGUCAACUCGUAUCCUCCAGACCUUCUCGCCUUCCCUUCAAGGUCGGCUUCAAUAAGCGGAGGACCACACAGUCCAGCUUCAACUGCAUCAACUGCUCUUUGCGGUACCUUACCGUAUUCAAGAAGUCAAUCUCCGUUUUCUCCACCUAUGUCGCAACCCUUGGUCCAGCCACGAUCUGGAUAUGUGACUAUUCCAAGAAGACCUCGAGUUCCAUCCUGGUCAUCACCAACCCCAACACCUUGUCUAGAUGAUUCACUUCUACUGAAGCUGGAACCUGUCUAUGACAAUAUGGGUCCCAGGACGACCGCGGACGGGAGCUCGGUGCUGUCCCUCAACAAGACUGGCUUGGACUCCUCGCCAGUGAGGCCCCCGUCGUCGGCGUCCUCCGCGGCGCCGCGUGCAGGCGUGCCGCCGCAGCCCAGCCCGCUGCCCGCCUUCUACACGCCCAUCGAGGAGCUGGAGUCCCUGGCGCUGACGCCGCCGAGACUCAACGGCCACCACCACCACCAUACCCUCGGCCACCUCGGCGGCCUGCACCGCCAGGACCGGCAGUCGACGGCGUCCCCGUCGCCUGGCAGCAACAAGUUCACUUCCCCCGCGGAGAGGAACGGCCGGCGAGGCUCGUGGUCCAGGAUCUCCCCCGAGUCCUCGCUGACGGGGAGCUUGACGCUGGGCCGGCAGCCCGCCAGCCGCGGCGUGCCCAGGGUGGCCAGCCCCGAGGGCGACAGGGAGUCCCUGCUGCUGCCCGGGACGGUCAAGAGGCCGACGUCGAUCGCGUCCAUCACGUCGGCCAGCUCGACCACCCCGUUGACCAACGGCUCCGGGGCGCCGGCGGUCCGGACAGUUAAAGUGCCGCCCAAGCCGCCGCCCAAGCCCAAGAAGAAGGUGGGCGGGCCCCUGUUCGAGGACGAGGGCGAGGACGGGACAGAGGUUUGACGGCGCGCGUCCGAGGGCCUGCCCUGCCGAGGGCCCUGCCGAGGGCCCUGCGUGGCUCUGGGGCAGUGCCGGCAGUGCGCGCUCCCGCCACUCCCGCCCGCCCCCACCCCCGCCCUCAGGCUCCUGUGCCAAGUGCCGCGAGUGACUAUGAUGGUGGUGUGUGUGUGACUGAGUGAAAGUGGUGGACUUCCUGUCUGGAAGGGAGAGAGGUGGGCAGCCUCCUUGGCUUAGUCUUCCGUGCCCAGUGGCAGACCAGAUCCGCGAAAACCAUUCUCAUCGUCCGAGACUGUGAAAUGUGUCAUUGACUUGUGAGGGUUUGAAAUUAUACUGGGCAAUUUUUAGUUGGAUCUUGUUUUGAAUGUUUUAUUUAUUUCACAUUGCACAAAAUUUAUAUUUUUCUUGUCCACAUUAAAUGUAGUGGUUUUGUGUCUCUUCAUCCUUCCUUUGGAAAUGUCAUGGUGUAUGUGGCCAUGCAGUUACAUUAGUUGUGGAACCUUAUGGGGGAAUAACAAAUUUACGUCAUGAGAAGCACGUUUGUUGCUGUUGCUUCUUAUUCAUGAGAAAACUUAUUUCAGUUGCAAAGAAUAUUUAUCUAUUCAAAUUGUUUUCUUUAUCUAAAUUACUUGCACUCUUUUUCUAACUGUGAUAAAGUGAAGAGACGAUCCACAAUUCAUGAAUAAUCUUCCAGACAUUUGACAGUUCUCAGAAACAUCGCAUAGGUUUUUGCAUCGUCUAAAUUUGGGGAAAAUUUCUCUUGCCCUUCCACUAUUCAUUUUAACUCGUAUGUUGAUAUUGUGCCAUAUUCAGAAUAUUGGGAAGAGCAUACUAUUUUAUGAUGAAUGCUUAGAGCUGGUGAUGAAGUCAGUAUAGAUGCUUGAACUUACUUGUUUUGCUCCUGAUACAUUCUAAUCCACAAGUACCAUUGUUCAAAGUUUUGUGGAUUUCUAUAAGGGAGAGAAAAUUACUGAUCAUGUUAAAUAAUUAUUAAACAGCUUAAUCAUGUUCAUUCCUGGUCCAAACAAAUAUAAAAUUCCAGCUUGCAUCCAAUUGUCAAAAAUGGAUCUUGCAUUUGACUGAGUGGUUCAUCAAAUUCUGUGAAUAGUAAAUUAAGUGUGCACGCCUCUUAGCGUCGAGAGCCAAACUAUUAGACUUAAAUGUGUACAGUCAAACUUUGUACAGUGUAAAUAAAAAUGUUUGUACUGCAGUGCCUUGAAAAUCAUUAUUUUUCAUUCCAGUUUUAAUUAUAUUUAUGUUAAUUUUAGUACUCAAUGUACAUAGGUAUACUUGUGUGCUCUUGAGGGAAAUGUGUAAAAUAAAUGCUAUGUUAAUAGUACUGUUAGAUAAAAGACUAUGAUUUAUAGAUUCUAAGCUUGUGAAUUUUUAUUUCUCAUUUUAUAAUAGGGUCAACAGAAAAGACAUACCAAAAUUCUGAUGAACUCUUUUGCAAAUUUGUUUUUUAUUUGUAAUUUUAUUUUUUUUUGUAUUUAGUUUCUGAGAUGGUGUUGUUUAUUUUGUUCCGUUGAUUAGGUAGAGGCAUGGUGAAUGAGGUGGAGUAUCAUUUUGGGACCAAGGUUAAGUACUUAAAAGCUCUCCUUUUAAGUUUGUUUAUUUGAUGUACUACAUCACUCAACCUUAGCAUUUUUCUUGAAGCAUUUCCAUAAUUCUAGUCACGUGAUGCUCUUGACUCUUUUUGAUUAAAUUGUUCAAUUAAAUCUGUUGGUCUCCAUCCUAAACCGCUGGUUUGUUUCUGCACCCAGCAGUGUGAGCUGUGUCUUCAAACAGAAGCUGUUGUUUUACAUCAAACAUAAAAUAAGGAGAGUUAACAUGGAUACUGACCCUCUGCCUCUAUUGUUUUAAAUUCAUUUUCAUGUGUUCCUAAUGCAGCUUAUGGAAGCUUUUUGUUGGCAAGUGUUGCUGCAGUAUUAUUUUCAACAUUGUUGUAGAAAUAAAAUUAAUAAAACUUUUAAAAAAUUUCAA